AUUGAUACACUCGAUAUAAUCGAAUAAUGCCGAUACCUUGGCACAGUUCGGCACCUAACUGUAUGUCAAUCGAAUGCGUAAGAGUUCAACGGAUGAUGUCCGCGACAUCAACACCCGAGAUGCGAAGAUACAUCUAAAGGCACAAGAUGUAACGGAACCUGUUACGCCAAGACACUUCUUAUGGCGGAUUAUAAUAAUUUUGACCUUGUUCUUUACCAGUCGCAUUCUUCCUCGGCAAUUCAACCGAAACAUGGGACUGCUUCAGUUUUGGUGCAUUUUACUGAAAUGUGUGAUGGUCGAACUGUGAGCCGAUUGUGACAAAAUAUGCACGCAGAGUGGUGUGUUCUGUUGUUUUUAGUUUAUUUUAGCUUGGUGGAUUCGAAACCGAAAAAUGAUGUGAUUGAUGUAUGGAAAGAAGAGGUUGGUGAAGAAGGUACGGUGUUCAAUCGACUCACUGAUGGGAAGAGUAGCAGUUCCAGGUACCCUAAAGUUCUGAACUUUUUCCCUGUUCCGGUGGAAGAAGAAUGCAGCUCCAAAGACGGCCGUAGAAAGGGAACAUGUAUGAACACCUAUGAGUGCAAAAUCAAAGGAGGAAAAUCAUAUGGAUUUUGUGCCUUGGGCUUUGGUGUAUGCUGUGUUUUUACCGCCACCUGUGGAGAAGAGAUACGGAAUAAUAUAACCUACUUUGUCAACCCACAUUUUCCUGACCUGGAUACAGGCGUGAUAUCCUGCCCCCUUACUGUUCAUAAAAUUGACGAAGAAAUCGCUCAAAUACGGUUAGAAUUCAUUCACUUCAGUUUCAGGUUAGAUAAGCAUGGUUCGAAAGAAUUCAGGUCAACCAAAUAGAAAAACUGGUGAAUGUCAAGAGGACAUAUUUCUGAUGAAAGCCGAGAAUGCCUCAACUUUGAAAAUAUGCGGAUACAACAGCGGGCAACACGUAUACUACGAUGUGGAGAACGUUGAUGAACCGAUCAGAAUCUCGAUGAAUUUAAGCAAAAAAGCGGUGAGUCGACUGUGGGAAAUCAAAAUAGUCCAGGUGCCAUUUUCACAAAGAGCUCCUGUCGGAUGUUUGCAGUAUUACCAGGGAAAAACAGGUGUCAUCCAAACAAUGAACUUCGCUGACAAUGGGCGACAUCUGACCAAUCAGGACUACGAAGUAUGCAUACGCCAGGAAGAUGGAGUAUGCAACAUCGUCUACGAGCCCUGCCAUGAAAAUGCGUUCCGCAUUAGCCCAAACAACGGAGUGGACCAUUCCACAGAUGGAGAUAUUGGAUCCGGGUUUGGAAGCAUAUCAGAAGGAAGAGAGAUGGAAACGUGUGACGACAAGAUCACGCUACCAUGUGAUUCCGAUGACUUAAUCAUGAUGGGUAAUCAAGGAGUAGGUUACUGCAAGAUGGUUCACUGUGGAAACAGCCUCUGUCCAAAUGGAGAAACGCCAUGUAGAAUAGAAAGUAGUGCAACACCUUUUGUGAUCGGUGUAUAUUUUGGACCAAGUGCCAGAGAAGAGUCACCCGAAGAUAAUUUAGGCAUGUGCCUUACAUAUGAACAGCUGCCUUGUAGUAUGUGAAUACAAACAAGCCUUUUAGAUUCAGUUGUAGAACAAAAAGUGCCGAAAAAAAUAAAAGUAUUUUUAGUAAUUAACACCUUCUUAUUAAAUAAAAAUUAGAAAUG